UCGUAAAGAAUUAGCGUUCAUCUUAGUAUACACCAUAUUUUCAAAUUACUUGAUUGAUAGAAAAAAAAAAUACAAUCACUGAUAUUUGUUCCUGUCUAUGGAUAUAUAGAGCUUGAUGUACAUUUAUCCGUACUAGUACAAAUGGUAGUUUGAUUUAGAUAACAACUUGGAACGGAUCCUACUAAAAUGAGGUGGUUACUUACUGGAUGGGUGAAGUACAUUGUGUACAUCAGUGUACCCAUGGCCAUUUUACUUCAGUGUAUAGGUAAAAUUAAUGCUUUGGAUUACUUCUGUUAUGUCGGAUACCACCACUGUAGUGGUUCACAAUGGUGUUGUCCAAAUGGAUAUGUAUGUACUGGUACUCAACUGUGUCUUACUGUAGGAGCCAUCAUUGGAAUUGUGAUAGGAGUACUGUUCGGUGUGGGAGUUGUUAUAGCAAUUAUCGUAGUAUGCUGUCGUAGAGGGAGGUCGAGCCCACAUCAAACACAGAGUGGUGUUGUAAUGAUGUCACCAGAACAGCAAGGAUUUAAUCAUACAACCUAUUCACAGACAGCAUAUCCACCCUCAGGAUAUCAACAGACAACCUAUUCACAGGCAGCAAAUCCACCCACAGUGUAUCAACAGACAGGAUAUUCACAGGCAGCAUAUCCACAAACAGGGUAUCAACAAGAAAGCAUACCUCUUAAAUCCUAGUUAUAAAGGGAGAUAAUUAUGCUGUGGUCAGUUUGUAACAGUAAUUGGGUACAUUCAAUUGAUUAAAAUUUUAAAGGAAUAUAGACUAGACAGGCAAAUGUUUUCACUGAACCUUCUUUUUUGGAUCAAUAAUUUACUUUGAAGCACGGAUAUUCAUAUGUUUAAU